AUGGAGGCGGACAAGGAGAGGAACACGAAGCCAAGGCUGGACGACCAUCCGGGGGCGACGGCGUUGACGGACGAUCUCAUCCUAGAGAUUCUGUCCCGCCUCCCGGCCAGGUCUCUCCACCGCUUCAAGUGCGUCUCCGUGCCCUGGCGCGACCUCAUCGCCGACCCCGCCAACCGCAAGAAGCUGCCCCAGACCCUCGCUGGCUUCCUCUACAUGACCGUCCACAAGAGCGGGCAUGGCCACCACUUCGCCAGCGUCUCCGGCGACGGCGCAGCAGCCCCGUUCGACCUCUCCCUCCCUUACCUGCACCAUAGCAAGGACGAGGGCAUGAUCCACGUGCAUGCCUGCAAUGGCCUCCUUCUCUACCGCAGCUACAAGAAAAGCAAGGUCGCCCGUUCGAAAGAGGAUGAUUUCCGUUUUGUCGUGUGCAAUCCCAUCACACGGAGGUGGGUGGAGCUGCCCCGGCUGCCCUCCAAAAGAUAUAGCCGUACCAUAGGCCUGGCUCUCGAUCCGGUGACGGUCAACAUACAUAGCCGUACCACAGGCCUGGCUUUCGAUCCCGCUGAAUCAUCCCAUUUUCACGUUCUUCAUUUUGAGCAGACCGUUCAGGAACCCUACGUCACAGGAGUGUACAUUUACUCGUCGCGGACACGAGCCUGGACUCAUAGGGAUUGUGAGAUGGCUGAGAAAGUUAAGCUAUUCUUCGGGAGUAGAUGCAUCUAUGUUGGCGGCAUGCUCUACCUGAUGGGUAGCCUUAAACGCAAUGGCGGUCAUCUGUUGCUGGGGGUGGACAUGGAGGGCAAAGUGUGGAAGACCAUCAGUUUGCCGUUCGGCCGAAGGUUUGGUACAAUUGGAUCGUUGCAGGGGUGCUUACACUACGCUGUAGCUUCCCGCGAUGAUAACAAUAAAAUCUGUGGGUUAGAACUCUGGUGCCUCAAGGAUUACGAUAGUAAAGAAUUGGUCCUGAAGCAUACUGCGGGCUUCGCUAAGCUUAUGAGCCUGCCUGGGAAGCAGUACAGGGCGGAAGAGAUUCAUCCAGAUUGCGACACCAUUUUCCUCGUCUCAUUUUACAGAGGGAGUACCUUGGUAGCAUAUGAUAUGCGGCAUCAGAAAGUUGGAUGUGUCCUUGAUCUUGAGAAGAGAAACACACAACUAUUUCUACCCUAUGCUCCUCUCUACUCAGAGUCACUAGCAGACGCAGAUGGACAGUAG